CGAAUACGCUUCUUCUUUGCAGCUCCAGAUAUAUCAUGCUCGCCAAGACUCUCGCCAUAACUUUCCUUGCUGCUGUUGUAUCGGCCCAAAAAGUCAGCGACCUAUGCAGGCUUGGUAAUGAUAAAUGCCUGGGACUCUUCUCUGGAUUGAAGUGUGCCGAUGGACGGUAUGAGGAACUUAUUUGCGGGCAUUAUAAAUCCUGCAUAGUUAAUAACGGUGAAGCUGACUGUGACUAUGUAAUUGAUCAGUGAUCCAAAAGCUUGCAGAGACAUUGAGAGUUGCUUCUGAGGUGGUAGUAUUCAAUACUCAGUCACUGCCGUACCAUACAGCGGGCCGAUAUAUUAAUACCACCCUCACACAAGUCCUGUUGACAAUAUUUAUGAUUGGUUGCUUCCAAAUAUAUUCCUAAAUGCA